AUGGAAUCUUUCUACACCGCGCGAUAUCUUCUCAACCGCAUCCCAUCGAAUAUCCUACCCACUGCGCAGCCCUUGAGUACCAACGAGCUCACACACCCGAGAAGCCCAAAUAUCGCCCAAGACUGCAGCAUGUUCAAGCGCAAGCGAGAUCUUGGCGAAGAGGAGGCCGGCAGUUCACGCCAGUACAGAGACCUCCAGAUUCAGAGGAGGAAGGCUCUCAUUCUCUCAGAGCUGUACGGAGUCGGCCUGGCGGACGGCUCGAUCGGCGUAUACUUUAUGACCAUGGAAGCCGCGGCAGUCCGGAAGGAUGAGGACGAGGAAAAGCAAAAGGAUGAUGAGAAGAGUGACGAAGACGACGAGGAAGAAGGAGAGGAUGAGGACAACGGGGAAGGACAGAACGAGGACAACGGGGAAGGACAGAACGAGGACAACGAGGAAGAAGAAGAAGAACAUGAAGAAGACCAGCUUUUGAUUCUUACACAUCUAGAUGACCCUAGCAAUGAAGACUGCUAUGUUGAAGUAACUGAGGAACCUCUCGAGCAUCGGCUGCUAGGCAUCGGCCGACAGACCAAGUGGGUGCCACCAGAGCAAUCACCUCUAGCAUGCCCAUUAUCUCGAGAGCGAGAAGCUGCACUCGUCGCACUUCAGGUGGAGCCAUUCGAGACCCCGAAAGCAGUCGGCUUCCCUACGAGUACCGGAGCGCAAAAGCAUACUGUCCCAAAAGGUGUGUCGUCUGACGCCGCCUACACGCCGAACCUAGAGUGUAUCAUUGACAAUACAGGCGCUCAGAAGGGUAUUGCGAGCACAGGUGUCGAUCCGGACACUGAAUAUGCCGGGGACGUCAUGCUGUUCCCAACGGUAGACUGCGUGAUGAAAGGCAUGGACCUCCAACGCGUUCUCAUCUUUAACUGCGACGAGGACGAGACCGCUAUGGAUGCCAAAAUACUGGCCAUAGUAAAUGACCAACCUGCAGUACCAAAAGAAGGCGCGGCAGCAAGUUUGCACUUUGCACUGCCGUUGGACAUCCGUGGAACUCAAGCUUUUACUUCCACUGCUCGGAAAGUCGUACGUCUCGCUUUCAGCUCACUCAAGACAUCGGAAGAGCCUACUUUUGAACGAGGCACGAAGCUGCCCUUGAAGAAGCACGAAGCUUUCGGUAUGGUACUCUCAAUCCAAGAGGAACACGCCACACUCCCUCUUCCAAACGACUCACCACCCUUAGAAUCAUCCGCAUCGACGGCACAUCCCGUUACAAAUCCCAAUAUAUCAUUGCCCCUGCAGGUCAUUAUCCAGGGCAGUGGCAUACCGCGCAGUCUCCGCCAGCUUGAAAUCAUCGUCGAAGGUUUGGCAGAAGGGCUGGAGUUAGCGCCAGAACCGAGCUACCUUGACAUGAGAGGCGGGAAGAAGUUCGACCUUGAUAAGGAAAUUGCUCGAUACAAUUUGCCAUUCCAUGGCUGCCAUCGUGAGCCUGUUGACUACACUGGGAGGCUUUUGAGUUUGUUGAAUAUCCACGGGCGCUGGAGGGAUUAA